GCUCGAGUCGAUAGCAACAGUAAACACAUGAUAUCGUUUUUUGAGUUUUGACCGCAAACUCCGCUUUGAUUUUUGAGUUUUUAGGCGUUAUUUCUAUUUUUACGGAUCGGAAAAUAAUUUUAACCGGCGGGCGAGGUCUCUCUGGACUAGAAGAAGGCCGUAAAUGGCCAGGGAGCUUUCUCGUGUCAUCGACUUGACCUCGUUGGAAGAGGAGGUUCGUAAGACAGUCGAAGCCGACCGGCUCUACGAUUUACAGAACAAGGCUAAAAUCCUAGCCGUCACGGAUCGAAAAGUCUCAUCUUAUGAGGAAUUCAGAGAUCGUGUGAACGCCGCCCACCUCCGUCCUCUGGACAAGAAGGACAAAAUCGCAGAAGACGGCUUCAAACGGGUCUGGAACCCUAUAAGGAGCCAAGGGUCCGCUGAGACUGCAACCAUGUCGAAUCAAGUUUGGGACGAGGCGCCGCAGACUUUCCACGAUAUACUGUCUCGCAUCCCAACUCCGACGCAACGCUACUUCUACCUCAGGGAGUCUGGAGCGGAAGAGUUGAGCAGAGGUCUGCGCCGAGAGGUGCCAGUCGGUGUCCUAGGCGACAUAGUCGAAGCACUUUCCGCAUUCCCUAAUACGACAGAAGACAUACUCUUCGUCGUGAGCGUCCUCGAUACCAUCUCUAAAACAGAUAGGUUCCGGCUCAGCCUUGACUUCCUCACCUGCUCUGAAAAGGACAUGGUCUGGUCUCUCAUGGACAAACUGACCAAGAGCUUCAACAACAGGCACCAAGACUUAGCCGAGGAAGGAGUCACAGAAUGGACUGUUCAAGGUCUCAGGGAAAAGUAUUGUGUACCAGGAAAAAGGCCACAAGAGUAAAACCGACAAGAGAUAGAAACCAGGGAGGAUUUAGAGAAAGCUUCCUUUUUAAAAUUUUUUGUAAAAUAUAAAACAAAAAGCUUUAAUUUUUUUAAUUAAACCUGUGUUAAUUAAUUUA